AUGUCCGCCGGUAUUGCUGCAGGUCGUUUAGCCGAAGAACGGAAAGCGUGGCGGAAAAAUCACCCAUUUGGGUUCAUCGCAAAACCUUCGUCAAAUCCUGAUGGCACGAGAAAUCUUUUCAACUGGGAGUGUGCCAUUCCUGGCAAGAAAGGAACUAUAUGGGAAGGCGGUCUGUACAAGGCGAAUUUUAUUUUCACUUCUAUUAAGAUGCAGUUUAAGGAUGACUACCCCUCUACACCACCGAAGUGCAAAUUCGACCCUCCUUUAUUUCACCCGAAUGUGUAUCCUUCAGGAACUGUUUGUUUGUCGCUAUUAGAUGAAAAUAAGGAUUGGAAACCAUCUGUAAGUGUACGACAACUCUUGCUUGGUAUUCAAGACCUUCUAACAAAUCCUAAUGUUGAAGACCCAGCUCAAGCCGAUGCCUAUCAAAUUUACUGUCAGAAUAGAGUGGAGUACGAAAAAAGAGUUCGACGUCAGGCACAACAAUUUUCUGCUGAUAUUGUCCAGAGGCAAAUGGAUGUCGCUGGCCGAUUAGCCAUGAAAAAUAUGGGGCAAUCGGUGAUCUGUGAAAAGAUGAGAAUUGCCCUUAUUAGCUGCGUCAAACAACUUUACAUAUUAGAAGUAUGUAAAGCAUCAGUUGCUUCUGUGACUGAAUGUCUCUCUGCAGAUUUGAAAGUGCAUUAUAAAAUGAUUAUUCGAAAUAUGCACUCGUCGUGUUGGCAAAUAGUUACAGGGAUUUUCAAUUCCCAACAAAAUGUUGCUCCCGAUGAUACUGAUUUUGUCCUGUUAUGUACUUCGCCAGUUUGUUUCGGCGAAAAAAGGUUAUAUGAAUUGAAGCGUGAUGAUGUGAUGCAGGAAACGGAAACCGAAACAAAGAGCUUGUUCGGAUCAGAAAAUCAUAUUCAUAAAGCAGAAUGUUUAAAAUACUAUCAGAACAGCAGUUGUACUGGAGAAACACAAUGGACGGUUGGAUUGCUUCUUGAAGAUGACGGAAACAGUGUUAGAUUGAAAUGGAAAUGCUGCAAUUAUGAGGGUUUACGACAUGCCAGAGCAAUAAACACAGUGAUUGUUAACAAUGAUGAGAGUUAUACAGGUGGAGAAGUAUAUCAAAAUAGCCGUAGAGUGGCAUUUGACCUAAUCAAGGAAGUAAAUCUUUCAUUCGACGAACAGCAUAGGCCUCGCUAUGAAUUGAAAAUAAUGCGCUUAGCAUGUAUUCCGAAACCAAUAGAUAUCAAAAAUAAAUUAUUAGCUGAUAAGAUUAGUGAAUCAGACUCACCAACAGUAGAUGUUUCAUCAGAAUAUGAUACAGAAGAAUAUGUUUUUACAAAUCAGCAUCACACGAAAUAUUCAAAACCAAGAAGACGAUCAACAAUUCUGGAAGAUGAAAAUUUGGAUGAUUUAUUCUCACCCAGACAUCGAGUGGCUCAUCGAAGGAUGUUUUCACUCCGUAGAAGACCUUUCUAUAGACCUAUUGCCGAAGAUUAUGACUAUUAUGAUUACGAUCCUGUCAUUUUCAGGCGUCCAUCUGUGCAUCGCAGGAUAAUAGCAGACGGAUUAUGGCCGAUCAACUUGGGCAUAGUAGGGCGCAAUCGUCCUGCUGUAGCUGCUGCAGCUGUAUCUCCAACUAUUAAUGAAUUUACACCAGUGAAUGCAGUUGAAAAUGACUAUCAUCAGUUUGUCGAUAGUGAUACCACAGUGACUUCAAUCACUUCUGCUCAAGCACAAGUUUUCAAUCAACUAUCAGCUACUCCAGCAGCCGGGCAAUUGUUACCAACAUAUUCUAGUUUACAAUAUGUACCUCAAAGAGGUGUAAUACCAUCUGAGACAAGAUCUUUAACUGUUGCACAACACUCUGUGCCUACAUACAGUAGCGAUAAUGUACCGUAUUAUAAUGGCUACUUUGAAACGCUGCAGUGCUUUAGCGGAGAUACAACUGUACAGACGCCUGAUCAGAUAAAACGGAUUGAUGAAUUACAAGUUGGAGAUCAAGUCUUAUCUAUCGAAGAAUCGCUGGUAAGUUAA